AUGAUGCUAUAUAGGUCAUUUCAUAUAAAUGCGCCCUUAAAUAAAGUAUUGCGAUCACCCAAGUUUGAUGUGAAAAAUAUAAUAUCUAACUUAUCACUCUACACUGAUUCAGUGAAAAAAAGAGCAUUAGUCAAUGGUCCUGAAUUACUCAACAGCUUGCAAGAAUUACCCAAAUUGUAUAAUGACUGGAAGUUGCAAAAUAAUGAAUUGUCCAAAAUUCAGACAGAACGUAAAAAGUUGGAGUUGCAACUAUACAAAUUAAAGGGUAUUAGUGAACAAGGAUCAGACAAAUUUUCACUAAUAUCAGCAUUACAAGAUUAUAAACAAAAAACAAAAUUAAUUAUCAGUAGGAUUAAUGAUUUAAACUCUAGAAUACAUGGGACUUGCGAGGAUUUGCCAAAUCUGUUAGAUGCUUCGGUUCCAUUUGAUGGUAAACCAAAAAUCUAUAAAAUGAUCAAUCCGUUAGCAGCAUAUGUCCCUGAUCAGACCAGGGAUCAUUUAGAAAUCAUGACCAAACACAAAAAUUUAGUCGAUUUUGCCAAUGGUUCAUUGGUUACUGGUACCAGUUUUUAUUAUCUGAUUAAUGAGGGUGCUGAGUUAGAAUACGCUUUAAUCCAGUAUAGUUUGAGAAAGGCUAAAGCACAUGGUUUCCAAAUAUGUAUUCCUCCAAGUGUUGCAAGAAUGGAAAUCAUAAAUGCCUGUGGUUUCAGACCAAGAGAUAUGAACAACGAGCAACAAAUUUAUAAAAUUGAAAAAAAUAACACUGGCGAUGACGCUGAUGAACAAUUAGGGUUGAUUGCAACUGCGGAAAUCACUUUGGCAGGAUUAGGAAUCAACAAAGUGUUUACAAACUUACCAUUGAAAAAAGUAGGAGUUACUAGAUCAUAUAGGGCAGAAGCAGGUGCCAGAGGUAAAGAUACUAGAGGGUUGUAUAGAGUUCAUGAAUUCAGUAAAGUUGAAUUAUUUUGUUGGUGCAAGCCGGAAGACUCUAGUAGAAUUUUACAAGAUUUAAGAGACUUACAAAUAGAAAUCAUCACUGAACUUGGCUUAACUGCACAAGUAUUAAACAUGCCUACUAAUGAUCUAGGAGCCCCAGCUUAUCAAAAAUAUGACAUUGAAGUAUGGAUGCCGGGUAGAGGUACGUUUGGAGAAGUUACAUCUACAAGUAAUUGCAGAGAUUUCCAAAGCAGAAGAAUGAACAGUAAAUAUAUUGAUGAAAAUGGUGGUCAACAGUAUAUUCAUACCUUGAACGGUACGUGUAUGGCUGUACCAAGAGUUAUAUUAGCCAUUGUAGAAAAUUUCUAUAAUAAGGAAACGAAUACAAUUUCCAUUCCCAAAGUUUUGCAGCCUUUUAUGAAUAAUAAGGAGUAUAUUUAG